AUGUGGAUUGUCAAUCUUUCACUUCCGCCGCUUCAACUUAAAUGCCAAGGUCGACCACGCAGGAUCGAACGCUGUCAAUCUCAGCAAUUUUUCGGUGGAGGUGUCGCUGCCCAGUCUUCCAGUAAACCCAAGUCACGAUAG